AUGUCCAGCACCCCUUUGCCAUCGAAGCUUACGCUGCUGUCAUCUCUCCCCUCUUGCGACGCCGGUACUAAAGUGCGCUUUUUAGGAUGUGUCACGUCCUACACUACCGCUUCAGGGCAGCUUACGCUGCAGCACAAAUUCCCUAAACCAACCGAAGUCCAGGCAUUGGUUGAUGUGCGCUUACUGCUCGAGAAGCUCACAGCAGAGCAAACUUCGGUCGGCGAGUGGGUCAAUGUCAUAGGCUACAUCAACUCACCGCCGUCAGCAUCGGUGAAGAAGCCUACCAAACGAAAGAGAGGUCUACCCGCUGUUCAUGUCCAAGCACUGAUGCUCUGGUCCCCUGGCUCCUUGGAUAUUGGCCGCUACGAGAUGUGUCUGGCAAGCAUGCCCACGAAGAGUGAGCCUGGCACGGAAUAA